UGUAUUGCGAGUUUGCGGAUUGAGUGCCCAAGGUAUGAAACGUAGCAGUACCACUGGAAAUCGUGGGGGCGGUGUUGCACAGUGUAACUCAUGAGAGCCUAUAACGGAAACAGCAAGAAGAACACAGCGAAAUCACAACAAUAAUAACAACAACAUCGAAAAGGAAGGAACCGGCUUCUCUUUAUGUAAUGUCAGCAUAGACUGCCAUUGUCUCAUGCUCUGUCUCAAUUUAGACCUCUUUCCGAGCAGGAAUAUCAUCACUUUAAGUAUCAACAUGUUCGAUAUUGUUCGAAAAACGUCGGGCCUCUAGUGCAUGUGUUACUUAACGAUGCAGCAAAACAUACGUAAGUUCUCUACGUGAUGUCUAAUGAACUAAAGCUAAUAAAGAAGUUAUAAUUGUAUUGUUCAAGCAAAAGAAAAAUUGGUCUGUGAGAAAAGUGGGAGAAACGGGAAGUGGGUUGUUUUCCACAGCUGAAAGUUUGAAAAAGCUCUAAGUAGAAUUUUAUUUUGUAGCAGCAGUUUUUGAGUUAAGCUGAUUGACUUAAAAUUCAUUGAAAAGUCAGUUUUAUUGUUAACACACAAAUGAAAAGAGAAAGUCUGUGACAAAGAUGAAUCAGUGAACAAGCAAGCAGUGUGUUCUUUCCAACUGAAAGUGUGCAGUGGCCUGCCACACACACACACACAAAGACACACACAGUUGGCUGUUGUUGGCUGUCACUGGGGUGCUGUGGGGAGAGAGUGGGGCUCAGUGUGUCCAGGCAGAGGCCAGUGUUGCAGGCAGGCUGUGGAGACAGUGUGGAGCUGCAGCGACGUGCCCAGGGUGGGAAAAGAAAACAUGCUCACAAAGUGGGAGAGAGACUCUUCCCAGGACACAAGAUGAAGGUGGACAGAAGGACAUCCACCAGCCACACUUUCACAGACAUCCCUGCGCUCCUCCUGAGGCUGUGCGGCCUCCUCCUCCUCCUCACAGGUGUGGUGUCAGGGGUGAAUGUGACCAGUCCAGCCCAGGUGGUGAGGGGCACGGUGGGUAAAGAAGCCCUGUUGUCUGUCAGUUACUCCAGCACCAGCCCAGACAAGCCUGUCAUCAAGUGGCAGCUGAAGAGGAGCAGAGAGAAACCGAUCACCGUCGUUCAGUCCAUUGGGACAGACAUCAUCGGGAACCUGAGGCCCGAGUACCGCAACCGCAUUCUGGUGUUGGAGACCGGCUCGCUGCUGCUUCACAACCUGCAGCUGUCGGACGAGGGGGCGUAUGAGGUAGAGAUCUCCAGCACCGAUGACAGCUUCACUGGAGAGCAUCACAUUGAGCUGACUGUGGAUGUUCCUGUGUCCAAACCUUACAUCCAGAUGAUAGCAUCAUCCGUCCUGGAGUACAGUGAGUACUUCAACCUGCACUGCUCCCACGACAAUGGCACAAAACCCAGCUACAGCUGGCAGAAGGGAGGCAAGGUGCUGACAAAUGACUCACGGCUGCUGCUCUCUCAUGACCAAAAGGUGCUGACCAUCUCACGCGUUCUGAUGUCAGACGAUGACACUUACAGCUGCACGGUGGAAAACCCCAUCAGCAGUGUGAAGAGCACGCCUGUCAGGCUCACUGUCUACAGACGGAGCACGCUAUACAUCAUCCUGUCCACCGGGGGCAUAUUCCUCCUAAUCACCCUGGUGACUGUGUGUGCCUGUUGGAAACCUUCCAAAAAGAAGCCUCGACCCCUCCCUCAGAGAGCUCCGGUCUACGUAGACCAGACUGAAAUUGGUCACGAUGUUGAUGUUGUUCCCAAACCGUCCACACUUGGUCGUAGGAGUCCCAUGCCUCUGUAUGUCCUCAAUGAAGAUGAGACUCUGGAGACGUUGGAAGAAGGUUCUGGAAACACUUUAAGCCAAUUAGAAACACGGAUCCCUGCUACGUAUACCCAAGUUUUCCCCCCUUCCUCAAACAUAACUGAUCGGCCUGUCUGGACCGCCCCCCGUAGAUACCCCCGCGCCCCCUCUCCACUCACGCAUACACUUCCACAGCCUCUUCCAGGACCUCCACUGCGUCCAGGCCGCUCCCCGGCUAACUCCCCCAGUUCAUCUCCACGAAGUUUUAGCCCAAUAAGGAGAAUCAACUCUCCAGUGAGCUUCUCAUCUGGCCACCUACUGGUCGAGGCAGAUUGUACAGAUACCGGUGUUCAGACUCAACCUUCACCACCACAAUGACAUCACAUUCUCAUCAGUCUGGGGUGGAGGGUGGAGGGAGGGGGAGGUUCUGCUUUAAAGCUGUGACAAAAAAAUACAGUUAGUUUAGAUUUUUUUUGUCUUUGGCAUCUUAACAGUAACAGGAAUAGUCAAAUUUAUGCCUUAGGAUAAAUGAUGAGUUUUCUUUUGGCUAACCUUCACCUUCACAUUCAAUUAUUUAUCAGUUGAAAUUCAGUGUUUGUUUGUUUGUUUGCAGCUGUAACUGUAGUUUUGUUAUUUUUUUAAUGAAAAUCUUCAAGUGAAAAAUUGUGUCCAGUUCAACAGCAAUUUAUGAACCGUUUUAGGAGAACACAGAAUUCCCACUUUCACUGUAAUUUUCGAUAAAUGACUGUAAACAUAUAUGUUUAUGUUCGUAGGUCAUGGUAUAACUUAAGUUAAUAAAAGUAUUUGAAAAGUU